GUGAGAUCACCUGUCUGGAAGGACUCACCGUCAUAUACAGGAGCAGCGUUGACCUCUUCUUCUACGUGGUGGGGGGCUGCCAGGAGAAUGAACUGAUGCUGUCGGCUGUGCUCACCUGCCUCCUUGACACCCUCAGCCACCUCCUGGGGAAGGAGGUGGAGAAGCGUUGGCUGCUGGAAAACAUGGAGGGAACGUUCCUGGUUGUAGAUGAGAUCGUGGACAGAGGGGUGAUCCUGGAGACCGACCCUCAGCAAGUGAUCCAUCAGGUUGAUGAAAACCCCCUGUCUGAGCAGAGUGAGUCCCAGGGAAGCA